UCCUUGUGCCUUUAGAUCACCGAUCUCCUAGUUGUUGAGGUACCAUAACGGCCAACCUUGCACCGAGCGGGCUGUGUUGGAGCCCAAAUGUAGGAGCGUGCCUCAGGUGUACAUCAACUGUUGGGUUCUUACGCUCCUCAGUUGUGCCACCUAGGAAGUCUUACUCUCGCCACGGCUUUAGGCUGCAAAGCCUUUUGGAAACGCCUGCUGGGGGCCAGCCCUGUUGCAAUCCAUCGGAUGAGAAUCUUCGCCUAACUGUUUGUACUUUGGGUACCGGUUUAGCUGUAAGAAUGGCAACGAGCGCGAGGCAGCCCUGGCAGCACGCUUCCGUCACAUUGCAUUUCACGGUCUCCUACCCUACACAAUGGGGACAGUCCAUCCUGUUGUGCGGAUCGGGGGCUUCGCUUGGCAACUUGCAGUGGUCAAAAGCUCGCCAAAUGUCUUGCCACCACGACAAGGAUGUGUUGGUGUGGGAGGCAACCAUCUCGCUGCCAUGGAAACCUAGCUACACCUACAAAUACGCCUUGGCGCGCCAAAAGGACGAUGACACGGCUCCUGGGCCCAGCGUGCACGGCAACUGGCUGAUCGAGAAGGAGGAUGCGGCGGGAGAGCGCACCGUGUGGCUACCGGAGGGGCUGCAGGGUGGCGAGCUGGUGGAGGUGUCGGACACCUGGAUCGAGCGCUCACACCCGGCUGCACUCAUGGCUAGUGCGGCUUUCACAAAGGUGUUGUUCCUGCACAAGCCGCUGGUGUGCAGCGGGGGCCUGCCGCCGCAGCAGCUGUGUCGCCCGGCGGCUGGGGAGACGGUGGUGCGGCUAGAGGUGGGUGACUUCCAGCUUGAGAGCGGGGAGGUGCUUCUGGUGACCGGGGGCAUUCCGCAGCUGGGAAACUGGCAGACCGACCAGAUGAUGAGGCUCACAGAGACUCACACCCCCUUCUGGGAGGCUGAGUUGCGGGUGCCGUACAGCUGCUUCCCCUUCACGUACAAGUACGGCAUUCAGACGGCGGAGGGGGUCAUACUGGAGGUGGGUGAACCCCGGCUGGCCUGCCUGCCCUCCGCCGCAUCCUUCGGGGCACCCACCGUCAUGGUGCGGCACGACGGGUACUUCAGACGCGACCGGCACUGGCGCGGUGCGGGCGUGGCAGUGCCCGUGUUCUCGCUGCGCACCGCCCAGUCGGUGGGGGGGGGCGAGUUCCUUGACCUGCUGCCCCUGGUGGACCUGGCGGACAAGUGCGGUCUCCGCCUGAUCCAGCUGCUGCCCGUCAACGACACCUGCGUGUACGGCACCUGGUGGGACUCGUACCCGUACUCGACCCUUUCCGUACACGCGCUCCACCCGCAGUACCUGGCGCUGCGGGAGCUGCUGGGGGAGGAGGGGCAGGAGCUGCCGCAUGACCUGGCGUCGGAGCUCCACUCCGCGCGCUGUGAGCUGGACCGCCCGCAGCUCGACUACGAGGCCACGCUGGCGUUCAAAAACGCAUUCGUGAAGAAGGUAUACGACCGGUACGGCAAGGCCACCCUGCAGUCGCCCGCCUUCAACGCCUGGUUCGAGGCAAACGCGUCCUGGCUCAAACCCUACGCGGCGUUCUGCUUCCUGCGGGACAUCUUCCAGACCUCGGAGCACUGGCAGUGGGGUUGUCUGUCCCGCGGCACGGACGAGGUGGUGGAGCGGCUCACGCGGCCCGGUGGCGAGUUCUUCCCGCGCAUCCAGCUGACCUACUACGUGCAAUACCACCUGCACCGGCAGCUGAGCAGGGCCUCCCGCUACGCCGCCUCCAAGCGUGUCGUACUGAAGGGCGACCUGCCCAUCGGUGUGGACAAGCGCUCCGUGGACUGCUGGCGCCACCCGCACCUCUUCCGCAUGGACAAGAGCACGGGGGCGCCCCCAGAUGCGUUUUCACCCACGGGCCAGAACUGGGGCUUCCCCACCUACGACUGGGCUGCCAUGGCGGCGGAGGACUACCGCUGGUGGCGCUCGCGGCUGCAGCACCUGGCACAGUACUUCACCGCGUACCGCAUUGACCAUGUGCUGGGGUUCUUCAGGAUCUGGGAGGUGCCGGGAGAUUGUACGACAGGCCUGUUGGGGUAUUUCCGCCCCGCCCGCCCCCUCACGCGCUCCGAACUCGAACAACGCGGCGUGUGGGACGUACAGCGCCUAACCAUGCCGUACAUCACGGAUGCUCUUGUACGACAGAUCUUCGGGCCGGAUCGCGCCGAGGCGGUCGCGGCGAGCUACUUGCUGGAGAUGAGCGAGCUGGGAGAGGGGGGCAAGGGGGGGAAGCGCUACAAGUUCCGCCCCGCCUACUCCAGCGAGUCGUCCAUAGCCUCCAUCCCGCUGCGCCCCGACUCGCCCCCCUGGCUGGUGGCGGAGGUGGAGGCCACGCGCGCGGGGCUGCUGGCGCUGCGGCAAAACGUGGUGCUCAUAGCGGACCCGGAGGACCCGGAGGCGUUCCACCCGCGGUUCAACCUGAUGACCACUAGCAGCUACGCCGCCCUGCCGGGGCCCUGGAAGGCGGCACUGAGGGGGCUGCAUGACGACUACUACUACAGGCGCCAGGAGGAGUUGUGGCGGGCCAGCGCCCUGUCCAAGCUUCCCGCGCUGCAGGCCGCCUCGAACAUGCUGGUGUGCGGGGAGGACCUGGGGUUCGUGCCGGCAUGCGUGCCGCCCGUCAUGAAGGAGCUGGGUCUUCUGGGUCUGCGCAUCCAGCGCAUGGCUUCGGAGCCCGGCCAGGAGUUCAACACGCCCGCCAGCUACCCGUACCUCACCGUGGCGUCCCCCUCCUGCCACGACGUGACACCACUGCGGGCUUGGUUCGAGUCCGACCCCGAGCGCGCCGAGCGCUUCUACUACCAGCAGCUGGGCGGGUGCGGCCCGCCGCCCCCCGCCUGCACCCCCGUGGUGGUGCGGGCAGUGCUGCAGCAACACAUAAACUGCGGGGCAAUGCUGGCGGUGUUCCCGCUGCAGGACCUGAUGGCCCUCAGUGCGGAGCUGGCAGCCGGGCGGCCGGCGGAGGAGGAGUGCAUCAACGACCCCACCGUGUCUAAACACUACUGGAGGUUCAGGAUCCACACCACCCUGGAGGAGCUGCUUGCGGACUUCGAGUGGCAGGCCACGCUGGCGGAGAUGCUGGUGCUGGGGGAGCGGGCGGCGCCGGGCACCUUGACCCAGCUGCUGAUGCGGGGACAAGCAGGGAGCGGACAGGGACAGGGGCAGCAGCA